AUGUCCGAAGUAGAUCAGACAUUAAAGAGAAUUGUCGGAAACAAAAGUGUUGACGGCAUUCUUGUUUUAGAUGGAAAAAAUAAAGUUACACAUGCUGCUCUUAAGCAAUUUGAACAGAAUAAAGUUGCCGAAAAAUUAUCACCUUUAAUUGAAAAAGCGCGCUGUAUGGUUCGCGAUCUUGAUCCUACAAAUGAUCUUACAUUCCUUCGUAUACGUGCAGAUAACUAUGAAAUUCUUGUUUCACCAGGCGAUGAUUAUACAUUAAUUGUUUUCCAAAAAGUAACUCCUCUCGAGCUUUAA